UCGCUCGUGCUCGGUGUUGCUGGCCCACGUACAUCACGGUCCCCUCGGUGACGUCUGUGUCCCCUCUGCUACCAGUGGCCCCAUGCCAUAUAUAUUCAUGCCGGGCAAGAUGGCGGCGAUACGGACGAUGUGUUAUUGCCAGUGGACAUAAACAGGCAUUUUAUUCAAAAUAGAAAACCGAAGCAGAUACAUUUAUACACUCGGUCGUAUCGUGUGUGUAUUUGCCGCGCAACGAGCACUGACGUAUUUUUUUACUUAACGCGUUUAAACGUUUUUUUUCUUCAAAAAUGUUCACGUUGUAGCUCGCUCGCUAACCGACCAGCUGGCUAACAGAGAGCAGUCACUAGCUAGCUAGGUAUCUAUCACAGCCAAGCCGCCGUGAAGUGUAGAAUGGGAGAAAAGCUGGAGCUCAAGCUCAAAUCGCCGGUUGGAGCAGAACCUGCUGGGUAUCCGUGGCCACUACCAGUAUACGAUAAACAUCACGAUGCUGCUCAUGAAAUCAUCGAGACCAUUCGGUGGGUGUGUGAGGAGAUCCCAGACCUCAAACUGGCAAUGGAGAACUACGUACUCAUCGACUACGACACCAAGAGCUUCGAGAGUAUGCAGAGACUUUGUGACAAGUACAACAGGGCCAUCGACAGCAUUCACCAGCUGUGGAAAGGGACCACCCAGCCCAUGAAGCUGAACAAGCGCCCCUCCAAUGGGCUGCUGAGACACAUCCUACAGCAGGUGUACAACCACUCGGUGACCGACCCGGAGAAGCUGAACAACUACGAGCCCUUCUCCCCUGAGGUGUACGGAGAGACCUCUUUCGACCUUGUGUCUCAGAUCAUCGACGAGAUGGAAAUGAUGGAAGAUGACACCUUUGUUGACCUCGGCAGUGGAGUGGGGCAGGUAGUGCUGCAGGUUGCAGCAGCAACCAACUGUAAACACUACUACGGUGUAGAGAAAGCAGACAUUCCAGCUACCUAUGCAGAGACCAUGGAUAAAGAGUUUAAAAAGUGGAUGAAAUGGUAUGGGAAGAAACACGGGGAGUACACACUGGAAAGAGGGGACUUUCUGUCAGAAGAAUGGAAGGAAAGGAUCGCCAACACAAGUAUUAUUUUUGUGAAUAACUUUGCCUUUGGUCCAGAGGUAGAUCACCAGCUGAAGGAGCGCUUUGCUAACAUGAAGGAAGGUGGAAAAAUUGUAUCUUCCAAACCUUUUGCACCUUUAAAUUUUAGAAUAAACAGUCGAAACUUGAGUGAUAUUGGCACAAUAAUGCGUGUGGUGGAGCUUUCUCCACUCAGGGGCUCCGUGUCCUGGACUGGAAAGCCAGUUUCCUACUACUUGCAUACCAUAGACCGUACCAUACUUGAAAACUAUUUUGCUAGUCUCAAAAAUCCUAAACUCAGGGAGGAACAAGAAGCAGCUAGGCGACGUCAGCAGAAGGAUACGAAGGACAGUAAAAGCAAUAGCACCACGCCCACAAAACCUAAAGAACAAAACAAGCAGGACUCCUGUGGUGAGGAGGAGCGUCCUAGCUUGGUGACAGUGGUCAAGCCCCCAGCCAAACCCCGAAGAACCCGACUCUUGUCCAAGGGUCGCAAGUUGAACAACAAGAAACGUGGUCGACCCAAGAAAGCUGCCCCGGCUGCUGAGAAGAAAAACAAGAAGAAUCAGAGCGCUUUGGAUUUGCUGCACGCCAAGACCCUUUCUGCGGCACCCCCUCAGGAUGUGUACCGGCCACCUCAGAGUCCCUUCUACCACCUACCUCCCAAGGUCCAGCACUAUCCCUCUAGUCAACUGCUGCUGAGCCCGACUCCUCCUGGUCUGCAACAACUGUUAGAUAACAUCAAAGUUCAAUACCUCCAGUUUAUGGCCCACAUGAAGACUCCUCAGUACCGCUCCAACCUGCAGCAGCUUUUAGAGCAGGAGAAGCAAAAACACAGGGACCUGUCCGGGCAGGCAGAGCAGCUCCACUCUGUUUGUCAGUCUCACAAGGACAUGAUCAAAGGUCUCUUUCAGACCAAACUAGAUGAGUUGGGAGUGAAGGCACUGACUGUGGAGGACCUGCUGCAGGCCCAGAAGGAGAUAUCAGCCCACAAUCGCCAGCUGAAAGAGCAGACUAAGCAGCUUGAGAGAGACAUGGCUUUGCUGAGAGACCACAGCCUGCUACUGCUGAAGUCUCGAUGCGAGGAGCUAAAGCUAGAUUGGGGCUCUUUGUGUCUGGAGAGUUUGCUGAAGGAGAAGCAGGCGCUACGCAGACAAAUCUCUGAGAAACAGAGACACUGCUUGGAGCUGCAGAUCAGCAUCGUGGAGCUGGAGAAAAGUCAAAGGCAGCAGGAGCUGCUUCAGCUCAAAUCCUACAGCCCCUGUGAGGGCUCCCCAUACAGAAAGAGUCUGGAAUCGCGCUCUUCCACAGACAUGGACUCCACUAAGCUCGGCCUGUCCUCAGCCCCAGCUCUCAAUGGUGUCACCCCAGAGCUUUCUCUCAAUGGCACCAGUUCACCUUGCUUUGACCGGGCUAACACCAAGGGGGAGCUUAUUUCUCGCUACCUGCCCAUCUCGCCAGACCAUGAAAUUGUACCUUCCACCCCUGAUGCCCGGCAGAGGCAGCAAAGUUCCUGCUAUGCUCUUCCUGAUUACACACGCUUCUCCCCUGCCAAGAUUGCCUUGCGGAGGCAUCUUAACCAGGACCCCACUGCCUCUGCUCACUUAAGAGGUCCAGGGCUGGCAACACACAGGGAAUUUUCUGGUGUUAACUCUCCGCUUGGAGCCAAGCAGAACUGCCCCUCUCCAAAUGCAUCUGAUGCCCAGAAUACUCUUAAAAGUUCUGAGAGGGGUGGUAAGGAGAGGAGCCCAUCUGUUCAGGGUGACAACAGCAUUACGAGCCUUCCAAUAAGUAUCCCUCUGAGCACUGUCCACCCAAGCAAACUACCAGUCAGCAUUCCUCUGGCCAGCGUGGUGCUGCCCAGUCGUGCCGAGAGACUGAGAAGUACUCCGAGUCCUGUGUCUCAGGCAGGUCAGACCAAUGGAUAUUCAUCCAGCUCAGGGCUGAUGAAUGGAGGUCCCCAUCCUGAGGACCAUAAUGGUGCUUCUUCAUCACCCCCUCCACACACCAACACACCUUUGAUGGGACCAAUGGGCCGAGGAGGUCCCAUCCAGAGCCCCCCACUCAGCACUGGAGGGGUGCUCCAGUAUGCAGAUGGCCCCCCGCGGAUUCUUCCAGAAGAUGGACAGGAUAACCAGGGCGGUGAAUCCGACAUGGAGCCCCAGGACACUGAACUGCGGAGGAGAAUCUUUUUCUCUUCUUCCUCCUCUUCGUCCUCGUCUUCCUCUUCAUCAGGCAGUGGAGGCAGCGCGGCCGGAGGAUCACGCCUCCACCAUCACACCGGCAACUCAGCCAAGCAGGGGUACCACAGUAACCAUGGAAACCACCACCACCUGUCCCCCAGCACACAGCACACUCACACACCCACGCAUACGUCGUCAUCACACUCGUCUCACAGCCUCGGCGCUCAAGAGGGACGUAAGAGGGGCAGAAGGAAACGCAGCUCUGCAGUGGCUGUCACGGCCAGCGGUUCCCCAAAGAGGAGGUCAUUCCCCGGGCUCAGCUCCAACAACCACUCCUCGGGUUCACCACUCAACAUUAACUCCAUGGUGAACAACAUCAACCAGCCUCUGGAGAUCUCUGCCAUAUCUUCCCCAGAGCAAUCUAGUCGGAGCCCCACUGUGCCGGACCUGGACCAGCCUCCCAUCUUAAAGAGAGAGCGCCCCCUGGAGCUCAAUGGCACAGGCCGUUACUCCUCAGCCCCCAGCUCUGAUGAUGAGGAUUCAGGAUACCCUGCCGACAGCUCCAGUUCACGAAUUGAAAGGAAAAUAGCUACGAUAUCCUUGGAGAGCAGAAACGGACCUGGUAGACUAGGGGAUAGUGAAAGAGGCAGGAAAUCUGGGAGCAGCAGUGGUAACAGCACAGGUAGUGAAGCCUCCUCUUCAUCCUCCUUGUCAUCUACCAGCAAGUGGAAAGCCACCUUUUCGCCCAUUUCUGACCCCAAGCAACCCAACUCUGACCUGAGACAGGGGGGCUCUCCAUUCGGCAUGGGGGGUUCGGGCCGGGGUACAGACUCAGAUUCUGACCACAAACAGCAGCAUCAGCAGGUGAGGAGAGGGAGUGAUGGAGAGUCGUCCAACUACAUGAACCCCAAACCCUUCCUCAGUCAGGAGGCAGGGCCCCGGGGUGGAAGCAGCGGUGGUGGUGGAGGUGUCCAGGGAGGCUGUGGUUCAGACCAACGCCAGGCCCUCCAGAAGCAGAAGGCCCCUCGUGACUGGGAGCUGAAGACCAGCGGCAGCUUGGCCAGUCAGAACCUCUUCAUAUCUGCUGCUGCCAGCAGUGGAGGGGGUAUCCUGAGUGGGAAGGUGGGAGGCAGUCCUGUAGCAGUUUCCUCGACCACGGGAUCAUCUGUGGGCCAGUACCUGGGGUCUCAGUUCCCACUCGGAGGGGCCUCAGUCUUACAGACCUUGUUUGGGGCCCAGACAGGCGGAUCUACGGUGAGUGGGACCCCGCGGCUCGUCAACGGACACUCUGCCCUGGGAAGCUUCUCCACUGCUGGGCUGGCAGGGGGAGCGGCUGGAGGUAAUUGACUAAAACUACCUCAACAUAAAAUAAACUAUGCAAAUGUCCAGGUGUGGAUGAAGGCACUCUCCUCACUCUCUGGUGCUUCAAAAUGUCUGCACUACCCAACCGCCUCCAAGAACGGCUUCUGUACUGGGAUCACACAUACACACUCACACAUAUACGCACGCACGCACACACGCACACACAAACCACCACUAUGGUCACAUUGAGCAGAAUUCAUAGGGACUGGUCGUGUUUAUGUGUGGGGUGUUGAAAUGUUUUCCUACAUGGAUAUUUGUACUGGCUGCUGCCCAGCGCUGAAUGAACUAAUUAAGAUACCUGGUUUAACAUUAAGGUGCUCAGUAGUAUGAUAGUGUGUCAUUUUAUGUCAUAGUCACUAUUUUAGCAACUCGUGUUCGGCAUAAUGAUCAGUUUUCAAUGAUUUAAUGUAACAUUUAACAACAGAUGGAAGCACACAGCCCACCUUUUUUGAGCUGAAUCUCAUGUGUCAUGUCGAAAGUUUCACUUCAUAUGAGUGCAUGUGCUCAACACACACACACACACAGACAGACCAGUUUCACCGAACUCUGCUCAGAUGUCAUGCAGUUUUGCCUCUCUGCAUGCGUGCUUUCUUGUCUCUGUUUUCUUCCUUCAGUGAAAUUCAGUUUUUCUUGCAAGAUGAGGAACUUUUGGUCAAACUGCACACUGGACCGUAAGAUACAGUUAUUCAUGUAGCAGAAGAUGUACAGGUCCUGGCUGGUUUGUUGACACCCCUUAAACUCUUGAUUAUGUUAAAUGAUUUAUAACAUUUUCAUAUUUAAAAAAAGUUAAAAAUGUGGGUUUCUUACUGUUAAGUCCCUUUACAUAAAAGUAAAGUGGUACAAAAAUUGUAUAAUUAUGUUCGGGCUGCCCGUUUUGGCACACAAAACUAAUAUUUUCUGUCUUUGCCACUAACUGGAGCAAAAUUAAUUAAGUUCACGUGAUUAAAAUUGUUCUUCAGGUGUGGUUCAGUGUUUCUCUUCUGAUAUCAGCUAUUUAACAUAUCAGUGAAAGUUGAUUUACUUCUAAAAGGAGCUUUUUGGUAUUUUGUGACAGUAAUCAGGAAUAUUUAACAUUCUAUAAACCAAUUUACUGAAGAAUAUGGAAGAUUAUCAGUGACUUGAAGUCUGAACACACAACAGUGUUCUGAUUUCAGCCUCAUUUUGACAGUACUGUGAUUUAGCAACAUUUCAAGGGGUGCCAAUAAUGCAGAGCAGAGUACACUUUCAUUUUUAUUUUUUUUUUAAAUGACCCCAUGAAUUUCCUUUAAUGAGAUGUAGACAAAGUCAGCCGCCCAUUGUUGUCAAAGAGUUGUGGCCACUCUGUUAAUGUUUAGUGAAGCUGAAUCCAGGUGUAAAAGAAUUCCAGUAAAACCACAGAAGAAUCAGCCAAUUUCUGUAUUUAUUAACAUUUUCUUCUUCAGUCAAUUUGGUAAAUCACACUACUAUGUGGGACCGCAGCAGAAAUAUUCUUAAAGCAGGAAUUUUUAACUCUUCUUAAGCUAAAAAUAUUCAUAUUUAUCUCUGCUGUUGGGAAAUACAGGUUUAAGCAAAUGUUUAGGACUCACAUGUAUGUGGACUUCAGUCAUGCAAACACGCACACGUACACACACGUGCAUGCAAAUCCUCACACACUGAGAAAACACCCAUAACAACAACAACAAACUACUGGACUGUCUUCACACCUUUUUGUUUGCUUAUUUGAUUGUGGUUUUUUGUAAACAAUGUUUGUACUGUGAAUGUGAUUCAUUCUCCGACUGUAUAGAUGUGUAUAAUUUAGAUUAUUAUAUUUAUGCUGUCAGUCUCUCUGUUUGCCUUGGUAUUUGUAUUUCUUUUAAAUCCUGAAAUGUGUUGACAUCGUAGAAUGCAAUAGUGUGUGUACUUGACUCACAGUCUGAAAACAAUGGUGCUACAUUUGGACUGUACCUGAUCUUAUUUAUUCUAUAGUGAAAACAUCAAAAACAAAUCCAAUACUUGGUGCUGUACACAGGGACAUUUGUAAAGCCUUUUCUUGGCAUUUCUUUUCUCAUAUUUAAUAUGCUAUCGUCUGGUCCUUUGAAUGCCUAGUGUGCAACUGUAGACACCACCUGCAGAUAAAACUACUCUGCAACAGCUGGCUCAGAGUCUGAGUAAACAGGUAUGAGGACCUGUUCAUGUUUCUCACGCCACAGUUUAAACAAGUCAGCCCGCUUUGCUCUCAAAAGCGAGCUGCUUAUCUGUUAGUGAACAAGACACACUGUUUUUGUACAUAACUCUUUGUUUUCCUUGUACAUGUCUCUUCAUCAUAAACAGAAAGGUAUAUAAAUAUGUAUCUAUAAACAGUCUAUAUAUGAGUAUAUAUAUAUCUAUAUAUAUAUAUAUAUAUAUAUGUGUGAGUAAGGGUGUUUUGGUGCUGGCAUUGUGACCUUAAACUCAGCCUGUCAAACAGGAGGCUUGAAGCCAAGGAGUGUCGAGCAUUGCCACCACAGGAUCUUAACAUAUGGUGCCUAACAACAUGGUGGCACAACAGCACCUGAAUCCCUGUGAUAUACACACACCACAGAACUAGAAACUCAAAAGCAGUGUGUAUUUAACGCAGACAAACAAAGGUGCUGUGGCUUGAACACAACUAGAUUCCAGCACUAGAACUGUCAUCACUUUUAUCAGAUGUUUUCACAUCUUUGUUUUUCCUUCUUUUUUUUUUUUUUUUUUUUUUUUUUUUUUUUUUUUUACCAACCCAGAUUCUGCAGGAAAAAUGGUGCUUCUGUUUCCAAACAAUGGCAAUUCAGAUUUUACAAACUUUACUGGUGCAUAGAAAACUACGUGUCAACCUCUUACACACACUGUCUGUCUUUAGAUGUCUUACAUGUCUUUGUCAAGGCCAUGCCUUGAAAUGUGAGCAUAUUGUGUAAUUGCAAAGACAUGCUGAUGUAAAACACUUGUGUUAGGGUAUGUACGCUCAUCACUUGGUUGGGAGUGCGAACAGCCAAGCUUCCCUUUUUCCUGAUAGUGGGACUACACUUAAGCUCAGUUUGUGUGUGUGCGCGCGCACGCUUUUUUCCUCCACUUGCCAGCGCAUAUCUAAGGGAAGAGUAGACUAAUAAUCGAAGCUUUAUUGUAAACUCCUGUCCUGUGCACUCACUCUGCAAACACAAAUGUGUUUCUCACCUGAGAGUGUUUAAGUGAGAAGAAGAAAGUCAUUUUAGGACAUAAUUAGAGACUGUAGUCCAUUUGUUACCAGCACUGAGAGGUCUUUUGUAACUAUUGUUGAUGCUGUUUUGAUUUUCUUAUUCUUGGUGUUUGAUACAAUUGCAGUUACAUGUUAUGCUUUUAAUUGUCUUCAGAUUCUUGUCAGUUUUUAAUACUACUAGUCAGACAGACAGCACGGUGCUCUCCUUCACUUAAAACAAGGAAAUUGCAGCUAUUGAUAAAUACUACUCUUCUCCUGUUGUGCUGCAGGGUUUUAUGGUUUAAUAAUCUUCAACACGAGCUUGCCUGGCGGCUUUCUCAUGGUCCAAUCUAACAUACGGAUGUUUCUCUAACCUGGAGGGGCGGUGUGGUGUAUGUGUAAGUGGGAAUGGUUUGUGAGAAUGGCAAAAGUUACAUUCAUUACAUAUUUUAAACCAGUUUUGUAGCUACUCGUACAAUCAGUCAAUGGGGUGAGGUGCUGUUAUUCAAGUCCUUUGGUGUGUGCGCAUGAUUUGAAUUAACGUUUCUAUGCAGUUCUCCAGCAGGCUCCCAUCCUGGUGCAUUAUUGUUAAUCUGUGAGAGCUUUGCAGUCGAGGCUGUUUACUCUAAAUCCUGCCAAAGGUCUAAACUCAGGAACUUCCCAGAUUGCUUGAAAUGAUGUAAACAAUUCUCCUUAAACUACUACAUGUCACAAACCUAUUCACCAUCCUGUGGCAUGAUGAAGUCCCUCUCUAACCCAACUCAGGACCAGGACAACCUCUCAGUUAAGCAUAUUUCCAGGUAAAAUUUGCCAGCCGUCUUGUCAGGUCUCCUCAGAUUCAUUCUCGCUGCCACAUACAUCCAGCCUCUCCAGUGAAAUCCAGCUUUAUAAAGCUUUAUGAGUCGGUCUGAUCUCGAGAAGCUGUGAAAUGGCUACACCUUCAGCAUCUUCCUCAUCUCACAAUUGCCUCUGUCUAGAUUUGAGUCUCUAAGAAGGAGGUCCGCUGUCCUUUGUUGGGGUUCUUCCCAUUAUCUGGGAGGUAAACUGACACUGGACACACGUGACCUACAGCAAGUGUAUAGUGAUCUCUGGUCGGUGAAGCCAGGGCAGGUUUGAGGUGCAAUAACGGCAAACCUACUUUCCAAAAGGCCCUGGGUUUUCAUGAUAGAAAUUGUCACUGUUUGAUGUUGGUGCUUUUAUCCUAAGAUGUUAUAAUGAAACAAAUGGAAUUAAUGUUUUUUUUCUGCGUUUUGAUUAUUAAUAAAAAAAGUUUCAUAAUAUUUGAAUUAA